AUGCCUGCAAUUGCAGCGGGCAACAGAGACUAUGCCAGGGACGAUCCGUUGGAGUUUAAGUCCCACCAGUGGUUUGGUGCCUCCGUGAGGUCCAAACAGGACAAAAUUUUGGCCUGUGCUCCCUUGUACCACUGGAGGACUGAGCAGAAGCAGGAGCGUGAACCUGUUGGGACCUGCUUUCUUCAAGCCGGGACGAAGACUGUGGAGUACGCUCCGUGCAGGUCAAAAAAUAUUGAUGCUGAUGGACAGGGAUUUUGCCAAGGAGGAUUCAGCAUUGAUCUUACUGAAGCCGACAGAGUACUUCUUGGUGGUCCUGGCAGCUUUUACUGGCAAGGUCAGCUCAUUUCGGAUCAAGUGGCAGAAAUCAUCUCCAGAUACGACCCCAAUGUCUACAGCAUCAAGUAUAGCCACCAGCUGGCCACUCGCGCGGCACAAGCCGUUUUUGAUGACAGCUAUUUGGGUUACUCAGUGGCUGUGGGAGACUUCAAUGGUGACGGCGUUGAUGACUUUCUUUCGGGAGUUCCAAGAGCAGCGAGGACUUUGGGAAUGGUUUAUAUUUAUGAUGGGAAAAAUAUGUCCUCCUUACACAACUUCACGGGUGAGCAGAUGGCCGCCUAUUUCGGAUUCUCUGUGGCUGCCACUGACGUUAAUGGGGAUGACCUCGCGGACGUGUUCAUCGGAGCCCCGCUCUUCAUGGACCGGGGAUCGGACGGCAAGCUGCAGGAGGUGGGGCAGGUCUCGCUGUGCCUGCAGGCGGCGUCCGGGGGCUUCCAGACCACCAAGCUCACGGGCCUCCAGGUCUUCGCGCGCUUCGGCAGCGCCAUCGCGCCCCUGGGGGACCUGGACCAGGACGGCUUCAACGACGUGGCCAUCGCAGCGCCCUACGGCGGGGAGGACGUGCAGGGCCUGGUGUACAUCUUCAAUGGGCGGGCGGCCGGCCUGAACCCGGCGCCGUCGCAGACGCUGGCGGGGAAGUGGGCCGCGCGGAGCCUGCCGCCCAGCUUCGGCUACGCGCUCAAGGGCGCCGCGGACAUCGACCGCAACGGAUACCCAGACUUAAUUGUGGGCGCUUUUGGCGUAGAUCGAGCUGUCUUAUACAGAGCCAGACCAGUUAUCACCGUCAAUGCUGGCCUUGAAGUGUCGCCCAGCAUUUUAAAUCAGGACAAUAAAACUUGCCCAUUCCCUGGGACAGGUCUCAAAGUUUCCUGUUUUAAUGUCAGAUUCUGCUUAAAGGCAGAUGGCAAAGGAGCACUUCCGAGGAAGCUUAACUUCCAGGUGGAGCUUCUUUUGGAUAAACUCAAGCACAAAGGAGCAAUUCGCAGAGCACUGUUUCUCCAUAACAGGUCCCCAGCUCACUCCAAGAACAUGACCAUCUCAAGGGGGGGCCAGAAGCAGUGUGAAGAGCUGGUGGCCUAUCUGCGGGAUGAAUCUGAAUUUAGAGACAAACUCACCCCGAUCACUAUAUUUAUGGAGUACCAGUUGGAUUAUAGGACGGCGGCCGAUGCCACAGGCCUGCAGCCCAUCCUCAACCAGUUCACGCCUGCCAACGUCAGCCGCCAGGCUCAUAUUCUACUUGACUGUGGUGAAGACAAUAUCUGUAAACCCAAGCUGGAGGUUUCUGUAGAUAGUGAUCAAAGGAAGAUCUAUAUUGGGGACGACAACCCUCUGACAUUGAUCGUGAAGGCACAGAAUCAAGGAGAAGGCGCCUACGAAGCCGAGCUCCUGGUGUCGCUGCCCCCGCAGGCCGACUUCAUCGGGGUCGUGCGCAACAGCGAGGCUUUAGCAAGACUCUCUUGUGCAUUUAAAACAGAAAACCAAACCCGCCAGGUGGUGUGUGACCUAGGAAACCCCAUGAAGGCCGGAACCCAACUCUUAGCUGGCCUUCGUUUCAGUGUACACCAGCAAUCAGAAAUGGAUACUUCUGUGAAAUUUGAUUUACAGAUCCAAAGCUCUAAUCUUUUUGACCGAGUGAGCCCAGUUGUAUCUUACAGAGUUGACCUUGCCGUUCUGGCCGCUGUUGAGAUAAGAGGAGUCUCAAGCCCUGAUCAUAUCUUUCUUCCAAUUCCAAAUUGGGAGCACAAGGAGAACCCUGAGACUGAAGAAGAUGUUGGGCCAGUUGUUCAGCACAUCUAUGAGCUGAGAAACAAUGGCCCAAGUUCAUUCAGCAAGGCAAUGCUCAAUCUUCAGUGGCCCUACAAAUAUAACAACAACACUCUGUUGUACAUCCUUCAUUAUGACAUUGAUGGACCAAUGAACUGCACUUCGGACGUGGAGAUCAACCCUUUGAGAAUUAAGAUCUCAUCUUUGCAAACAACUGAGAAGAAUGACACAAGUGCUGGGCAAGGCGACCGGAGCCAUCUCCUCACCAAGCGGGACCUCGUCCUGAGUGGGGGAGAAGUUCACACUUUGGGCUGUGGAGUCGCUCAGUGUUUGAGAAUCGUCUGCCAGGUUGGGCGGCUGGACAGGGGGAAGAGUGCGAUUCUCUACGUGAAGUCCCUGCUGUGGACUGAGACCUUCAUGAAUAAGGAAAACCAGAACCAUUCCUACGCUCUGAAGUCUUCCGCUUCUUUCAGUGUCAUAGAGUUCCCCUAUAAGAACCUUCCCAUUGAGGACAUUUCUAACUCCACACUGGUUACCACCAAUAUCACCUGGGGGAUCCAGCCCACACCCAUGCCUGUUCCCGUGUGGGUGAUCAUUUUAGCAGUUCUCGCGGGACUGCUGCUGCUGGCUGUGUUGGUGUUCGUAAUGUACAGAAUGGGCUUUUUUAAACGUGUCCGGCCACCUCAAGAAGAACAAGAAAGGGAACAGCUUCAGCCUCAAGAAAAUGGUGAAGGAAACUCAGAAACCUAACCAUGACUUUUAAGUUAUGCUACAUCUCGAUUCAUCAGGAUUAACAACUUGAUUAUAAAUUUAAAAUUUCUUCAUGAGGAAUAAGAUUCCAGACGGGACUGCUGAUGAUACCCAGUGGCCUCAGUUUAACCACAAAAUUGAGAGCAAUGUCUGUCAACCUUCUUUUUAUAAAUAAGUUCAGACAUACAUGUAAUAUGUAUACACUGACUUCUAUUUUUAGAGAUUUAAAUAAUGAAAUUUUAAGCAAUGAUUCUCAUUCACAACAUAAACCAGGGAGUGCCUAGUUACUACUUGAUAUAAAACAGUGCUUCCUUCAAUUACUGCUUCUGAGCUAGCGUGUGGCUUUUCACUGUUUGUUGUUGUAGUUUGAAAGCAGUCCACCCCUGUACCUUAGCCCAGUCAGUUGUUGUACAGGGCCUCAGUGCUGAUACACAUUACACUACAGUUCACUUUUCAAGCUACUAAAGACUUUAUAACUGUGUGAAAUUGGGUUUUAGUACCAUGUAUAGGUAGAAGUUUUUAAAAACUGUGCUACCAUCAAAAUUCCUCCCUGGAGGAUGGAGGUUUAUUUCAGGGGCUGAGCACUUACUCAGCAUGGCCACAGCCUGAGUUCAGCCCCCAGCACUGGGAAAAAUGAUUUCUUUCCCAUAAUAGCCACGGUACAAUAUUUGAAUAUGAAAAACUGGGUACAUGGUAUUAAAUUUUUAUUUAUAUUUAAUCUGCAAUCUGUUUUAUGACACUUGUAUAAUUUAAGUUCUCCAUCAUCGUUUAAACCAUCUUAUAUUAAAAAUUAAUUCUAUAAUCAAAAAUGGCUUUUCCUGUGUAGUAGUUUAAUUUCAGCUAAAUAUGUUUAAAGCUAUAUGGAGUUGGAAAUUGUUUCCAAACUACUUCUAGUCCAUUGUUUUCGUCUGGUUAUUUACAAUUCAAAAAAGGAAGCAUUUUAAUUAAAAAUUUGUGCUUGUAGUUCUUUGAUAUAAUUGAUUUUAAUAGUAUUUUCUUACAUUAGAGCAGAGAUUUAGUUGGUAUUACUUUAUUUUCCUCUUGCAUCUGUAUUUUUUCUUAUACUUCUGAAACUUACUGAGAACAGGUUGAGAUCAUUUUUGUAACAUACGGGAGCUUGGGGCCCCACUCUCGCUGCAUGGAAGGUACUGGGGGUCUGAGUUAUGCGGAAGCUCCCUGGUUUCCUUCUAGCCCUAGCACGAUGCCACUCACGUGGCUGGUACCUCAGUUUAAGCAAAGUAACAUGCAAAACCAGUCUCAGCUAUCAGAGUAAAUGCAAAAAGUUAUUCUUACAGGCAGUUCAACUUACUGAAAACCUUUUAAAGCUUUCUUAGGUUUUUAACAUAAAUUACUUCUCUAGGGUUUUUAAUAAAGCAUAGGUGGCAAGUCAUAGUUUUAUAUGCAUGGAAUAUGUGAUUUAUUCGCAGUUCUCAAGGUCUAGGAAUGACUAUCAAUUAUGCCUACUUUUGUCCAAUUGCAUCAUGUUGUGCACAAGAAAUUGAGAGUUUUAUAGCUUUUUAACUGCCAUCCUCAUUAGGCAAUGAUAAAUAUUUCCCUUAAAUAAUUUGACUAUUUUUCUAUGUUUUGAAAAUAAUUGACAUUUAUCUUGUGCUAUAAUUCCAUGUACAAGGGGCUGAGCUAAUCUGGAGAAUAUUGUCAUAAAAUAGAAGCGCAUUUACACAUCUGAGUUGCAUAAAUUAGAACAUAGAAAGACCCUAUAUUUAGCUUUAGUGAAUUUUAAAAUUAAUGGAUUUCAGAGUGUAGAAUUUAUUAGUAGCUUGAAAGAUCUUAAUCAUACGCAAUAAGUAUUUUUAUCAUCAAUAAAUUUAAAUUCUUUUAAGAAAAAUAUAUUUUUAUCUUAGGGCCACCAGACAGUCACUAAAUGGGUCUAUGGCAAGUUUUACCUUAUCUGUUUUCCUUUGUAAUAGCUUUAUUCCUGAAAAUAUCCAUCAGAUGGAAAUUCACUCUUGGACAAAAGUGUCAAUAUUUCGUUUUGCACUGUGUAUUACUUUUAUGGCCUGUGUACCAAGGAAUAACCUAUUGAGAUUGAAAUAUGUUAUAAUUGGCAAUUAACAAGAUGUUUUAAAUUGCCUUUAUAAAGGAUAGUUUUAAGUAAUGGUAGAGAUUUUCCUUUCAAAAUAUGAAAAUAUUUCUCUCAAUAAAUAUAUAGAGUAUAACUUGAAACUCUACUCUCUGAGGAAAAUGCUGAGGUUCUUUUUACCUUAAAGUAAUGUAUAAAUAUCUUUGACUAAAUAUCAAAAAAUAGUUUUAUGAAAUCUAUUUUAAUUGCUCAACAUUUUCAAAUCGUACUGUACUUGUGAUUUAUUGAGAUUAAUAUUUGAAGUAUAAAAUUCUCAUAAUUCAGUUUUAUAAAAAUGAGUGAGCUAAUGCCUAUUAAAAGCAUUUGAGAUAAGUGAGAAAUUCUGAUACUAACACUGAUUUCUUAUAGAAGUAUUUAUUUCAGAAUUGAUAUUUUGGGAAACAUUUGUGUGAGGAUCAUUUUUCUUCUCUUUAUUUUCUCUUAUGAUUAAUUGUCAUCUUAAUUCUGAUUAAAAGUUCUUAGUGAUUCUGAAAAGCAAAGCAAAGCAAUUUUUCCAAAUAACAUUGCCAUAGUGCUGUUAUGAAAUUACUUAUUCAUAGUUAAUUCUCAUGAAUGCAAUCCUUUAUAUUUAUAUAAGGAGAAAUUUCAAAUGCUAGUGAAAGAGACUUUACUGGCUUCUUUACAAGAGUGUGAAAGAUUUUUGACAGUAAAUCAUGACCCUAAGGGAGAGUUAGGUGGCAAAAAUGUAGUAUAUAAUGGAUUGGCUGGUUUUUGUAAGCAAACAGAAUGUGUAAAUCAAUACAUAUUCCUGUGUUGCAGAAUAUAUUGAUGAGCCUGUUGGAGAUGGGUGAGGCAUUCUUGGGAGUACCUGUGUGUGGCUAUUACCUAUUAGUGUCACCUUGAUUGUACUUAUGGAUAGCUUAUCUAUGUAGUUAUUUGAUAACUAAAAAAAAAACCCCAAAUUGUUUUUGGGAUCCAAAAAGGUAAAUAAAAUUACUAAAUACUCAGUGCUUUGAAAAAUGUCCCUUUUAACUUGUUGCAUGGCUAAUUUGUAUAAUGAACCUGUGAAUGGGCAGCAUACAUUGUGUACUUGCAUUUGUUUGUAAUUUCUGUUACAUAAUGACUUUCUUGGGACAGGUACUGAAUCUUUUAUUUUUGUUGUCUUUGUUCUCCAGUGCAAUAUAACAAUCUAACAAAAACCUAGAUAAUAUCAAAGUCAUCAUUAAUUCAGUAAACCUAUUCUAAACUGAGAUUUAUUAGUAUUUUUGAUAGCAGGAAAGAGUGAUUCUGCUGUGGAUAUACAAGUGCAGUUAUUUACCCCUAAAUGGUCCAUUCUGCAUUCUAUUUCAGGCUGGACAUGAACUAUGCCUUACCAGCUUUGAAACACUUUCAAAUAUCUAAAGACAAGUUGGAAGCUGUGUAUGUCAAAUUAAUUUGCUACCUAGGUAACAGAGGGAGCAAUUAUCUUUGUUUAGCUUCUCUUGUGGUCACCCACAUUGGGUGGGACAUCAAAUGAGUCUGUUCUCCAAUCUGCCAUUUGCUAACUUGGAUUAAGUUAGUGAAAGCUGCUCCGGGGCUCUGCUUGGUUUCCGAUGUGUAACUUGUGACUGUACAAUAAAUUUGAGCAAAUGGUGUCA